CCUUAAUUUAUUUCGGAGGCUUCCCAUGGCACGUGAACUAGAAGAUAAUUCAGACUAGAAGGUCUCCUUACUUCGAAGUGACAGCCUUUAACCAAAAUGGUCGGAAAACUCAAACAGAACUUGCUGUUGGCGUGCCUGGUGAUCAGCUCGGUGACAGUGUUCUACCUGGGCCAGCACGCCAUGGAAUGUCACCACCGGAUCGAGGAGCGCAGCCAGCCCGGGAGGGCGGAGAGCGCGAGGAGCACGGCGAGAACCGCUCCCAGCGGGAACGCGACCAAAGCCUUUGCCUACAACAAGGACAUGCCUUUGAUAUUUAUUGGGGGAGUCCCUCGCAGCGGCACCACCCUGAUGAGGGCCAUGCUGGACGCCCACCCGGACGUCCGCUGCGGGGAGGAGACGAGGGUGAUCCCCCGGAUUCUGGCCGUGAAGCAGAUGUGGGCGAGGUCGAGCAAGGAGAAGAUCCGUCUGGAUGAAGCCGGAGUCACGGAUGAGGUUCUGGACUCGGCCAUGCAGGCGUUUCUGUUGGAAAUCAUCGUCAAACACGGCGAGCCUGCGCCCUACUUGUGUAACAAAGAUCCUUUUGCUUUAAAAUCCUUAACUUAUCUUGCUAGGAUUUUCCCCAAUGCCAAAUUUCUUCUAAUGGUACGGGAUGGCCGUGCAUCAGUGCAUUCCAUGAUAUCUAGAAAAGUCACAAUAGCUGGAUUUGACCUGAACAGCUACAGGGACUGCUUGACCAAGUGGAACCGUGCUAUAGAAACCAUGUACAACCAGUGCAUGGAGGUUGGGUUUGAAAGGUGUAUGCUGGUGCACUAUGAGCAACUUGUGUUGCAUCCUGAAAGGUGGAUGAGAACUCUCCUGAAGUUCCUCCGCAUCCCAUGGAACCAAGCAGUGCUGCACCAUGAAGAGAUGAUUGGAAAAGCAGGGGGUGUUUCUCUCUCCAAGGUUGAAAGAUCCACUGACCAAGUCAUCAAGCCAGUCAACGUGGAAGCACUGUCCAAGUGGGUUGGGAAGAUCCCUGCUGAUGUUCUGCAAGACAUGCCUGUGAUUGCCCCCAUGCUGGCCAAGCUGGGCUAUGAUCCAUAUGCCAAUCCACCAAACUAUGGAAAACCAGAUCAAAAAGUUGUGGAAAACACAAGGAGGGUCUAUAAAGGUGAAUUUCAGCUUCCUGACUUCCUUAAAGAAGUGCCACAGACUGAACCUAUGGAAUAGAAGAUAAAAUGGACGUUUCUUGCACAGAAGAAAAUCGACUGCUGCCUUUUCCAUGGGAAUGAUCCCUCCGGCCUGUCCCCCCAGGAUCAGUGAGGUGUGCUGCUCAUGGCCUGCUUCCUUCAGAAUUUUCUCUCCCGUUUCUUUCAUACUGUUUUUGUUCGAAAUUUUGCUGUUGUGAGCGCAUGUAAACCUGUUAAAGAAAAUAAAAAACACUGAUGUUGAUGUAGAACUGUAUUACAUUCGCACAACUAUUUUUUUAAGGUUUUAAAAAAAAAUGCAAAGCAAUGCCUCUCUCUGAAAUUGCUCUUCUGUCUUAAUUACAAAGCUCCAUCUUCAAAGAUUUUGUUUGUUUGUUUCUUGUAGCAGUUUGGUUUUAAAUGUAUGAAGCUUUCAAGAAUGGUCUGUGCUUGUCCUAAAAGAUUUCUGGUGGAACAGUUGUCUGUCUUAUUCAUAUGUGGAAAUUGUUAAAUAUCUUUUAUUUAAAAAAAAAAAGUUGAUAAAUUACAUGUAUAAUUACAAUUCAAUGAUCUUUUGUAUUUUAUUUUUCAAAAUAAAUGCUUUAAAUGUGA